AUGGGAAAGAAGAAAACAACCAAAUCAGCUGGUCGAGAGAUUACUUUCAAAGCGGACAAGAAACUUUUUGCUGAACUUAUAUUAGCUGGAAGCACACGAAAGAUCCAGUUAGACGAGAUGCUGAAAUACAAUUUGGGGCCAUUACCAUUGUCAAUUUCUACGCUUCAUGGCACGCUUGUAAAAACCAACAAAGCAACACUGCUUCAUCAUAUCGAAGGCUCGGUUAAGGAUCCAUUUCUUCAGAAGAUUCCUCGGAGCAGUGUUUGGGUUCUUGAUGGAAUGGCUAUAUUACAACAGCUCAAACUUCGUGAUGUAGCAAGUUUUGGCGACUUGGCUCAACUUAUUUUUGCUAAAAUCGUUGCACUUGCCUCACAAUAUCGCAGCCAAGAAAUACAUUUUGUUACAGAUCGUUAUCCAACUGUAAGCAUCAAAAACUCUGAGCGUAGUCGAAGAGCCGCAACCGGAAGUGAACGAAUUCAUAUCUACUCUGGUAUGCAAGCAGUUCCGAAGCAAUGGAGUAAAUUUCUGGCUAAUGGUCCAAACAAGGAAAGUCUAAUUGAGUUAUUUUUCCAUGAAUGGGGUAAAUACUCUCCUUCAAGUUAUCAGGAUAUCACAAUCUUCCUUGCUCAUGGCCAAGUGUGCCAUGCUCUUCGUCCGACAGACAAUGAAAUACUUGUAGUACCUGUACCUGUACCCAAUCUGAGAUGUGACCACGAAGAAGCAGACACGCGGAUGCUUCUUCAUGCCAUGAUGCAGCUGAUCGCUCUGAAGUUGUUGUGUUUAAAAGUGUGGACACUGAUGUUUUCAUAAUUUGUCUUGCAAUGUCCAAAGAGUUUUCUUGCCAGUUACUGUUCCAUACCGGAACUGGAACAAAGAUACGAACAAUUGAUGUUCAGUUGGUACGCAAGCAGUUAGGUGAUGAGAUCUCACAUGCGAUGCUCGGAUUGCACGCCCUUUCUGGAUGAGAUUCCGUAAGUGGCUUCUAUGGCAGAGGCAAAGUGAAAGGAGCGAAGCUUUUGUUGACGGAGAAGACAUACCAGGAAACAUUAGGAGAACUGGGCAUGCAGCAUGACCUUUCAGAAAAUCUGUUCAACGAAGUACAGAAAUAUGUUUGUCACCUAUAUGGUCAAGCCGAUUGCAUCGAUGUAAACACAGCCAGAUACAAUUUGUUUCGUCUAGGAAAGCACUCUGACGAGCUAUUGCCUCCAACGAAAGACUCUGAAAAAACAUGUGAUGCGAGCCAACUACCAAGCAGCUGUUUGGAGGAGAAGCUUAGAACAACUUCAGGACUUACCAACCCCUGUCGGCAAAGGCUGGAAACUCUCAGAAGAUGGCACUCUAACCAUUGAUUGGUGCGAUUUACCACCUGCUCCCGACACUAUCCUGAAAACUGUGCAAUGUUCGUGCAAAACUAGAGGAUGUGGAUCAGCUAAGGGUAUGUACAAUAAUAAAUUAUGAAGUUUAAACUAACAUAAUUACUAAAAUAUGGUAAUACACUAGCAAUUAUUUAAAGGCAUACAGUCACUUAAUAUUUGGUACAAUAUGUCUACAAUUCAAACUCGAAGUUUCCGUAACGUUUGUUGGCUCAUAUCAAGCUAAAAGUAUGUCGCUCAAACGGUGUCUGUGUGCCUUUAAUUAGUAUUUAUGUGUUACUUUUACUUUUAUUUGUGCAGGACAAAGUUCAACUGUGUGCCUUUGCAUAAAAAACAAUUUGCCAUGUACACUAUUGUGCAAAUGCCAAAACUGCAUAAACAAAAACGAGUUUGGAGACGAGAAUGACGAUGAUGGCGAUGGGAUGGAUUCUGAUGAAAAGGAUAGUGAUGAAGAUAUAUGA